UUAUGAGGCAAAAUAUUAGUUAGGAGAAAAUUUCGGGGUCAAGUUGCUAAGUUUUUAUGCUACUUGAGCGGCUCAAUCGCAGGUCAGAUCCGACCCGGAAAUAUAGCCACCGCCUGCUCUCUCUCUCUCCCCCUCAAUGAACCGAAUAGCUGAAUCAGUGGUCGGAAAACGGUGCCCGAUUUGCUUGAGCCGAAUCGAAGUCCGAUCGGCGGCUGUGAUCAAUCCCUGCAUGCACGCUUACUGCAUCGGAUGCAUUCGCAGGUGGAGCGAUUUCAAGCGGAAGUGCCCUUGCUGCAACGCGGAUUUCAGCUCGUGGUUCAGCAAAAUUAAUAGGGAUUUCCGAGAAGAGAAAUUGGUGCCUUUUGGCAGGUGGAAAACGGUCAGUUCACCUCCCCCCGACGACACGAUACUGCGCAGGCGGAGAGCUCAGUUUUUCGAACAAAGAAGGAUAAUUCAAAGAUCCAGGGAAGUGUCGGUAGUACGAUCUAUAGCAAGAGAGUUGCCAAGACAACGGUCAUUUGGUUGGUUAAGUCAUGAAAGUCCCGAUGUUAUAGCUGAGAGAGUUAGACAAUGGCGUGUUAGCAUUUAUGAGCAGAGAUUGCAGGCAGUUCCUCUCCCUCACAAGAAUGGUCUUAUGCAGCAAGUUAUGGGAAAUAAUGGCGCAAAAGAAAUGAUAUUGAGGAGGAUAGAACCAUGGAUACAGAGGGAGCUGCAGGCCAUUCUGGCAGAUCCUGAUCCUACCAUCAUUGUACAUGUUGCCUCCUCGCUUUUCAUCACAAGAUACGAGAAAAAGCAUGAAAACUUUGAAGACCAAGUAGUUCCUGAGGAUGAAUUUCUUGCGCCCCUGCGGCCUUUUCUUCAUGAGCAGACAGAAAUCUUUUGGCAUGAACUUAGAUGUUUCGCAGAAAGCUCGUUCUCCAUGGAAACAUAUGAUACACUUGUAGUGUAUAGAGGAGUGGACUAGAGAGAUGUUUUGGUGCUGUCGACAGUGGAAGUGAAUGAGAUAAUUUCUCUUGCAGGAUUUGCACGUUUGUCCUUCAACUUUGAUCUGAGCUUUUGUCAGCAGGACCAAGUGAAACGAGCAUAUAACAUGGUCAGGACUACCAUAUUGGCAAUUAACUUCAAUGGAUUGGGGUCUGGGUUCUUGUAGUAUGUUCAACCUAGAACCAAUACUUCAUGAAAGGGGAGCUUUUUUGCACUAGCUUGGAGAUUGGGAUGCAAUGUGAGCAGUCCUGCUUGUGUUUCUACAGCACAAUCUACGAUUCACAAGUUGCUAGAUUCAUUGGCUCACCUAAAUUGAAGAACUUCCAAGCAUACAUGCAUCGGUGGACUAUAAUCUUAGUUGCUCUAUAUCCCUAUUGGUUUCAGCAUAAUCUUCUUGUUAUCUGAAGUUGAGUAAUUGUUCCAAUCAUGAAGAAGAGGACUAUGAUCGAGGCAGCAAACUAGGAUCUCUUGAUGAAAGUUUAUGUGAAGAGAUCUGGGAUAUGGUGAAACCAGCUGAGCCUUUGUCAAUAAUACAGACUGAUGACAGGCUGAUCAGUUGUAAGCGCACCAAUAGAAAUACGAAUUUUUAGUAGAGAAGAAAUGUGCUCCAGGAAGAACUGCAAGAAGGCUUACACAGAGCUUAUAAAUCUUAGUAGCGACUUUUUG